UUGUGUAUCACCAAUCUCGGCUCGUCGAACCCCUCGGCUUGCUUCACCGUUGCACUGAUGUUCCGAAGACGAGCCCAGCCAUUAUCUACGGGGUCAACAUAGAAGGGCAGCAGCACGUUUACUGGCAGCGGAACAACAUAUUUGGGGGGUAGAAUGGCUCCGAGUGGUAGCCCGAUCGAUACCAACAGCGCGAGAAACAUGGUAACUGAGACUGCGAGGACAUAGUCAUCGACCUGGAGCAAUCCUUUGCGGAUUGACUUGCGUGUAGAUAAGGACUCUACAGAUCUGUGCCAAUUUCGAUGUGUUCUUAAUGGUAUUGGUUUCGAAGGCGGGAGUUUUUGGGUGCCUCCAUGGAAUGGCGACUUUGCAGCGGUCUCAUCUAUCUGUGGUAGUCGGCCAGGCGGGUAUCUUGCGCUGCUUGGAUGGAGAAGAUAGUCUGAUCGUGGUCGUGGAUUUUCACGGUAGUUUUGUUCUGGUGAUGGAAUCGGUUGAGGGCUCGUCGGACUAUGUAUCUGAAUGCAGUCCUCAAAAUUCUGCGAUGUAACUCGAUGCGGAGGUAGGUGUCUUGCAGAAUACCUUUUUUGGGUGACUGGCCUCAGCAUUU